UCUCUCUCUCUCUCUCUCUCUCUCUCUCUCUCUCUCUCUCUCUCUCUCUCAUGUCCAUGGAAGAGCCAGUAGUUCCAGUGGUGAAAGCAAUAAACAAUGAAGAACAACAGUCACAGGCGCCAUCAUCAACUCCAGGACUUGGAGUGCCUCUUCAUGAUGCUGAAGGUGACGCAAAAGCAGGGCCUUAUUCCACUUUCCUUGGGAAGCAUAGAAUGGCAGCUGCCAUAUCCAAUCUAGAUAACCAAAUCAACAUGAUCCAGAACGAGCUGGAGGAACUUGAAACAUUAGGUAAAUCCUCCAUUGUAUGCAAAGAACUCAUUUCAAGCCUCGACAGCGUCCGCGAUCCGCUGCUUCCAUUGACCAUGGGCCCGGCAGAUGUCAGCUGGGAUCGUUGGUUCCGAGGAGUCCACAACUCCCGGAAUCACAAACUCUGGAUCUAACGUUAUAUUUCCCUCGAUAUAAACAAUAAGCCGAAUACCAACCAAAUGCAUAGAAGAAAAGCAGGAAGGCAGGCUGGCAGGCAGAGAGAGAGAGAGGGAUAAAAUGUAAUUUUAUCGGUUGCUUUUUUAUUUUUCCUUCCUUUCCGUUGUUGGGGUGGGGGUCUCUUAAGAUGUUAGAUGCGUUUUCUAUAUCCAUGUUUCUGGUUGUUGAGUACAUGAUAGGACAAGCUUUGUCAAAAUGCUACGCAUCUGGAAAGCUUUCAGUCCUCUAAUGCAAUUUCAAUCUAAGCUAUCAUGCCUUUGAGAAAA